AAAAAGAUAAAACGGCUACCAUUGAAUAUAUCCAAGUCGACGUCGUUUGGCAGGCCGUGAACUAACAGAGAUCACAUUAUCUGUAAUGAUUUAUCAUUAUCCCAGGCCUCCCAAAGUCCCCAAGUACACAGCAGAGUAGUAGUGGCUGCCCUUCUCUGCUCAUAGCUCCGAUUCUCCGAGACUCAAAUCUCAGAGAAAACAAAAAAAAAAAAAAUUGUAAGAAAAUGUCAACAAUUACGUUAUUAUCUUCACUGACUUCCUCCCUCUCUUCUCUCUCAUUUUCGUCCCAAAUCUCCCACAAACCUAACACCCUCUCUUUCGCUCGACCCAACUCACUCUCGCUCUCGACCAGGACUCCUCCUCGUCCUCUCACGGUGCUCGCCACGGUGGCUUCGCCUCAAGAGGUGGAGACGGCGGACCUAAAGAAGUACGUGAAAUCGAGGCUCCCAGGUGGGUUCGCCGCCCAAACUAUCAUCGGCACUGGCCGGAGAAAAUGUGCCAUCGCUCGUGUUGUCCUCCAAGAAGGCACUGGCAAGCUUAUCAUCAAUUACCGCGACGCCAAGGAAUAUCUUCAAGGCAAUCCAUUGUGGCUUCAGUAUGUCAAAGUCCCAUUAGUAGCCUUGGGAUAUGAAAGUAAUUACGAUGUGUUUGUCAAAGCUCAUGGGGGUGGCCUCUCUGGUCAGGCUCAGGCAAUCUCCCUUGGCAUUGCUCGCGCCCUGCUAAAGGUGAGUGAGGACCACAGAGUGCCUCUGAGAAGGGAAGGGCUUCUGACUAGGGACUCGAGAGUUGUUGAGAGGAAGAAAGUUGGUCUCAAGAAAGCUCGUAAAGCCCCACAGUUCUCCAAACGUUAAGGUUGAGAUUAUUGGAUGUAAACAGUUGUCCAUAUUUUUUACCAUUAGUUUCUUUUGAGGAGCUUGGACAUUUUCAAUUUAUCAGAAGAUCUUGGCUUUUGUUUGUUGAUACCUGUACCGCAAUCUUUUUUUUUUUUCUUUUAAAAAAAGGCUUUCUAUUUUAGGCUCAGAUAUUAUUGAACUGUGGAUUUUUCAUUUAAGAUGCUUGAUACAUGUUUCAGAUACAUUCUAUAAACAUCAACAAAGUGGCAGAUGACUUAGAUGUGAUUGGUUUUAA